CCUCCUCCUCCCCCCUCUGGUAUAUGCGCACGAUAACAGUCCACCACCACCACCACCAAUACCCCCUGGGCUUCCUCCUACUCUGCGCCCUCCUCGCUCUCCGUGCGCCGGUCGCGCACCUCCCUAGCCCGCGCCGCAUCCCUCUCCUCCUUCCCACCACCCCCACUCAGAUCUCACCACCUCCCCCAAAUCUCACCGCCAUGUCCAAAGCUCGCGUCUACGCCGACGUCAACGUCCUCCGCCCCAAGGAGUACUGGGACUACGAGUCCCUUACCGUCCAGUGGGGCGAUCAAGACGAUUACGAGGUGGUGAGGAAAGUAGGGAGGGGGAAGUACAGCGAGGUUUUCGAGGGUAUGAACGUCAAUACCAACGAGCGCUGCAUCAUCAAAAUCCUCAAGCCGGUCAAGAAGAAGAAGAUUAAGAGGGAGAUAAAGAUUCUGCAGAACCUGUGCGGGGGGCCGAAUGUGGUGAAGCUGCUGGAUAUUGUGAGGGAUCAGCACUCGAAAACUCCCAGUUUGAUUUUCGAGUUUGUUAAUAGUACUGAUUUCAAGGUCCUGUACCCUACGCUGACCGAUUAUGACAUCCGGUACUACAUAUAUGAGCUCCUCAAGGCAUUGGACUACUGCCAUUCUCAAGGAAUAAUGCAUAGAGAUGUUAAGCCUCACAAUGUUAUGAUAGACCACGAGUUGCGAAAACUUCGCUUGAUAGACUGGGGUCUUGCUGAAUUUUACCAUCCUGGCAAGGAGUACAAUGUCCGUGUGGCAUCAAGAUACUUUAAAGGUCCGGAACUUCUAGUUGAUCUGCAAGAUUAUGACUAUUCCUUGGACAUGUGGAGCCUUGGUUGUAUGUUUGCUGGAAUGAUAUUUCGCAAGGAGCCUUUCUUUUAUGGUCACGACAACCAUGAUCAGCUGGUCAAAAUUGCCAAGGUACUUGGGACUGAUGAGUUGAAUGCUUAUCUGAACAAAUAUCAUUUAGAGCUUGAUCCUCAACUGGAUGCGCUGGUUGGGAGGCACAGCAGGAAGCCGUGGUCAAAGUUUAUUAAUGCAGACAAUCAGCAUCUAGUCUCUCCAGAGGCCCUUGAUUUUCUGGACAAACUUCUUCGGUAUGAUCAUCAAGACAGGCUAACUGCAAAAGAAGCCAUGGGUCAUCCGUACUUCUCCCAAGUGAGGGCAGCAGAAAGCAGCAGGAUGCGGACACAAUAGCUUCGAUAACAUAGUCCCAUGUACGGCCCAGAAUCAUGCUACUUGGGAGUGUAUUGUAUACUUGAUAAUCACUGUUGGAUUAUCAAGUUGGCAGUUUAAGUUUAUUGAGAUUGCUGAAUGGGAUUUUACUGUAUGAUCUUCCAGAUACUGGCUUUGUUUCAUAGAUAUUCAAUGAAGUAUUUGAAGCAUAUUUCCCCUCUUAA